CCGCGACAUCAGGGUCCCGGAAGUGUCAGCUGUUUGUUUUGAAGGGGUCAAAAAUGGCUGCAGUCGUUUGCAGGUUGCUCUACGGCGUACGCAGCAAAAAUCUUCUCAUCAGGUCACAGCUGCUCAGCGGGCGUCGGUUGCACUCCGACAGAAUCGAACCAGAACCGCUGACCGUCCGCAGGCAGGAGAACGGCAUCAGAAGAAUAAUGCUGAAGAAUCCCCAAAAGAGAAACGCUCUUUCCCUGUCCAUGCUGGAGUCUCUCCGAGGGGACAUCCUGGCCGACGCGGACAGCCAAGAUCUCAGAGUCAUCAUCAUAUCAGCUGAAGGCCCCGUGUUUUCCUCCGGCCACGACUUGACCGAGCUGACUUCGGCCCGCGGUCGAGAGUAUCACACGCGCGUCUUUCGCACGUGCACACAAGUCAUGACUCUGAUACAGGACGUUCCCGUUCCCGUCAUCGCCAUGGUGAACGGCGUGGCCACGGCGGCGGGCUGCCAGCUGGUGGCCAGCUGCGACGUGGCGGUGGCGUCCGACAAGUCCACCUUUGCCACACCGGGCGUCAACGUGGGCCUGUUCUGCUCCACGCCGGGCGUGGCCGUCGGCCGGGCCGUGCCCAGGAAGGUUGCCAUGGAGAUGCUUUUCACGGGCACGCCCAUCUCGGCCCGUGACGCCUUGCUGCACGGGCUGCUCAGCAAGGUGGUUCCGGAAGAGCGUCUGGAAGCGGAGACGUUGGCCAUCGCCCGCCGGGUGUGCGCGGCCAGCCGACCCGUGGUGGCCCUCGGCAAGGCCGCCUUCCACAGGCAAAUGUCUCAAGGUCGCGACGCGGCGUACGCCGGCGCCUCCGAGGUGAUGGUGGACAACCUCGCCCUGAGCGACGGCCAGGAGGGGAUUCGAGCCUUCCUGGAAAAACGCAAGCCGGUGUGGAGCCAUCGAGCGGAAAACGUCCACGACUGAGCUCGUCCCCUUCGGACCGCCGCGUUAUUUCCAUCCCUAAUUGGAGAACGGACUCAUCACCUCUUUUAUGCAGUAAUUGUGUAAUAAAUAGCACUUGAAUUUUUGGCAAUGAGCAGUUUUGGAAAGUUUUUCCAAGGCGAGGAUGGUUGUUUAUUACCAAUGUAAAUAAAAAAUCUCCGUCUCUUUUC